GGUGAACUUCGGACUGUGCUGUUUUUUUCUGUCCACUGCAACUUUCGGUCGAAUGACAUAACAUGUUACUAAGAUUAAGAACAUUUUCAGUAUUUUGACAUUAAUUGAUUACCAAGUUUGGACAAUACAUGGUAGGCAUCAGGUAAAAAAUGUGGAACCAAGGAAAGUGUGUUUCAGACUACUCAAGUGAGGGGUCCUCCUACACCAGACACAAGAGAUAAAGUAAAAGAUAGAAGGUCAUGAUUUCACAGAAGCCACAACCUUCACAGUAACUGAAGUGACAUUAAACUGCAGUUGGAUUAGUGCCCCUGGAAAACAUGGAUGCGUUUGAGGGUCUCCACAGUGUCCGGCUGUCCUCCUCUCCACCCCUUGCCUCUGUCACCAAUUCAGGGUAUGAGAUUCUCGUAUCAGCCAGAUCUGGUAUCCAGGUAUACUCCAACGCCACGUUCUAUGGUAAACCCAGUGUUCUAGAGCAGGCUCAGAAGAGAGGGAGAGCCAAAUAUCACUCCCACCGAGAGGAGACUAAAGAAGAGAGGUGUGAGGUUGGAAGGUUGGUAGACCUGGAGCCAGGUCCAAUCCCCAGGGUGGAGGGUGGAGGGCAGGGUGACCCCAGGCCCACCAGGCCCCAGGAGCAGGGUACCCAGGCCAGGGGGAGAGAGGGUAGCAGGCUGGAGCGUGCUGCCCAGCUGGAGGGUGCCCGGGGCGGGGAGCAUGAAGACAAUGUGUCCCGCCUCCGGAGCUCUUCCCUGGAGAUCAGAGAGAAGGGAUCAGAGAUCCUCAGAGAGCAGCUAGAUGCUGCACAGAAGGAGCUGAAGCUGAAGGAUAAGGAGUGUGAGCGUCUGUCACAGAUCCGGGAUCAACUAGAGCAGGAGUUGGAGGAGCUAACUGCCAGUCUGUUUGAGGAAGCUCACAGGAUGGUGCGUGAAGCCAACGUGAAACAAGCAACAGCAGAGAAACAGCUGAAGGAGGCUCAGGGAAAGAGUGAUGUUCUGCAGGCGGAGGUGUCAGCCCUGAAGACCAUGGUCCUGACCUCCACCCCGUCUUCCCCUAACCGCCGGGCCCACCCUCAGCUCCUCUCCCCGGGCACUAGGUCCAGGGGUUCCAGCCCCCACCAUGGAGGGGGACACGCACGCAACAAGAGUGCCAGUGGUGCCCUCCCAUUGGCCCCUGGUGGGCACUCAGACCUGCCCUCUGACCUGCAACCAGUCAGAGAGGACAAAGAGAUGGACAGCAUUCUGUAUGCAGAGUUCUUGACCUGGAAAAACAGACCUAGUCUGGACAGAAGUUCAGCCUUCCUGGUGCGGAUAUACAGGGAGGACAUCGGCCCCUGCCUCUCCUUCACACGAUCUGAGUUGUCUCAGUCAGUCCAGAGUGCAGUGGAGAACAACUCUCUAACCAUCGAGCCGGUGGCCAUGUCAGCUUUAUCCAUGGUCAAGGCCAACGCCAUAGAGUGUGGCGGGCCCAAUGGCUUGAAGGCAGCAGUAGAGAUGAAGUGUGCGUUGAGCGGCAUAUCCCGGUCCUGUAAGCACCAAAUCAAACUGGGUGACGAAGAGAGUUACUACUAUAUCUCACCCUCCAGCAGGGCACGGGUACCUAGCAACCAUAUCACAGCCGUGUGUAACUUCUUCACCUAUAUCCGCUAUAUUCAGCAGGGCCUGGUCAGACAUGAUGCGGAACAGAUGUUCUGGGAGGUGACACGUCUACGGAGGGAGAUGACUGUGGCCAAGCUGGGCUUCUACCUCACAGACCAGGAAUAGGAGGACAGAUGGGAGGAGAUGUCACCGUAGACCUAGGUCGUGUUUAUUAGGGCACACUGGAGCAAAACGUUUAAAAAUGUUGUGCAACGGACAAUGAAAAUUAGCUAAUUUCUUCCUCUUCGUGCCCAGUGAACACGGCCCAGGGUUAAAAGACAGGAGUCACCAAUCAACUGUACGAUUUGAGAGUCAGAUCACCUGUACCGGUUUCACACUGUCAGGACAACCCAAACUGAACUGGGCUGGCUUGGUUUGGCUCAGUAGUGUGAGAAGCCCUCAGAAGGACAUGCGGGACACAGAAACCGGAUGGAGGCUUCAGGAGAACUAUGCUGCUCACUUUUCAUUCACACAGUGCCAUAUACCCUCCAGUACUGCGGCAUUACCCCUAGGUGUUGUCUCCUCUCUCCUUAGAACCACCCUUGUCUCCUCUCUCCUUAGAACCACCAUGGUCUCCUAUCACUUUAGAACCACCGUUGUCUCCUCUCACCUUAGAACCACCGUUGUCUCCUCCCUCCUUAGAACCACCGUUGUCUCCUCUCUCCUUAGAACCACAGUUGUCUCCUCUCUCUUUAGAACCACAGUUGUCUCCUCUCUCCUUAGAACCACAGUUGUCUCCUCUCUCCUUAGAACCACAGUUGUCUCCUCUCUCUUUAGAACCACAGUUGUCUCCUCUCUCUUUAGAACCACAGUUGUCUCCUCUCUCCUUAGAACCACUGCAGCAAACCAGACCACCUCUUACUUUGCCUUAACCUUGAUAGAUUCUUGCAGUACAUUGUAAAUGCCUUGCAUGGUUAAUACAGAAAAUAUGUCUGUAGUUAGAAUGGGUUAUAGAAGGGCAGCGAUUUACUCUGAAAAUACCUGCAUUUAGGCUGUUUAGUACGAACCAGUUCAGAAAUAGUGUGUACACAUCCUGUUACAUUCAGGUACUUCAGUUAAAUAAAUAAAAAAUAAAGAAUCAGAUUCACUUUAUUUGCCAAGAACAUUUACACAUACCCAGAUGAAUAGGAGCUUCCACUUUUGUGCUGCGACUUGCAGUUACACGGUACCAGAAAUACAAGUUCCUGAACGAAAUGCCUAUUCAGUGUCCUCAAAUAUCCUCGUCUUCAUUCUGGAUGCUGUGCCAGUUUUAGCAAUGACUUCUCCUAGAAACAGAGGUUACAGUCAUUUGUUAUUUAACAUAAUGGAAUAAUAAACCAACCAUGGAUGAUUAAGCAA